UAGUUCUCCGUGUGUGAGUAAAUUGAAAAUGGAUGGCCGAUAGAUUCCCGUUUGGCACGUGAAUAGAAAUAUUUUUAUUUAUUUAAUUGUAAUUAUCAUUUGUCCGUCAAACUGGGUGCCAAAACGGUAGAGCGUUUCUUCAGUCUAGCAGACGACAACUUUGUCGAAGAUGUCAACGAAGACCUGAAAUGUUUUAUUGCCGAAGGAAGAGUUGACAGCGUGCUAGUGUUCCCUCCAGUGAGUAACUACCGCCGGUUCCUGAUACACAAUUCAGUGGAACAGCUUGGUCGGCCAGAACUUGCCACCUUCUCAAUCGGAGUCAGUGACGAACGACGCACUGUGGUGUGCUACCGGGAGAGAUUGUUAAGUGAUGAAGCUUGCGCGCGACCAGCAAUGGGCCUGACACAGACGGAACGCGAUGAUGCUACCAUAUCACAAACAGCGGCGGUGGGAGGUUUCAAGCCGGCGCAAGCGCAGGCCUCGCGGCGUGCGCAGCCUCAGGAAAAGAUCAGAUCUGGCUCAACGAAACCUCGGCGCCCAGAUCGUGCUGUUUACGUGCCCCGCGCCCUGCGAAACGCAGAGAGUGCACAAACUGAGGACAACAAUAAGGAUACCAACAAUCAUCGCAGAACUAGUCACAGUGCGGAAGGUGUCAAGUGUCCUAAGUCACCCGCGCCCAAAGAGAAAUCACACCACGGCACCCCAAGGAAAUCUAUAGACAAAGCGUACUGCAAUGUGUACACGCCACCGCAUCUCAGGAAUCAAAGAUCUCACACGGCCCCAAGCAUAGAGGAACCCACAUCGAGCGAUACAAAAGAAUCUGUGCCUUCAGGCUUCCAAGUGCCAAAUAGUGAUAGUGCAAUAUCUUUUAGUGAUAAUAGUUUUAUUAACGACAUAGAAGUAGGCGAUAAUUUUUAUAUAGGAGAUUAUUUCGCUAACGGACAGUUAGGAUUCUACAGUCCGAACUUCUACAGCGAGUACGCGGAAAACAGUCGCGAGAACGCGACCGACAAUAGCGACUGGAGAUCCAAUGAUUCCGACGAAAAUAUGGCGGUGAACGAAUCGAAUCAAAGCAAUAAUAUUAUCGAUAACGAUUAUUUGUACGCUAAGGGUGAAGAUGUUGAAAAGAAUGAGCUGAAACGAGCCUCGCAAGAAAUUAAUAGAAGUAGCAAGAGAAUUAUAAAACAGAGCUUCCAUUCUGACGUGUUAGUUAUAUCGGAUACUGUUGAUAGUGUCACAGAGAAGAAUGAGCCUGAACCAGUGGUAGCGGUAGAAGAGAAAGAAACUGAGGUGGUUAAGAAACCGAAGCCUAAGCUAGAGGCGAAGGUGUCUUUGAAGCGAGAAGAGAACGAUUGGGACGCAGUUUUCGAUGAAAGUGGAGAGUGCCUUGAUCCUUCACUUCUUGAGGAGUUGACGACUACAGUUGGCAAGGUCCACAUCAGCAAGCCAAAGAACUGUUACGACCAGUACCAGACGAGAGGUCAGCAGCUCUUCAACGGUCCUUAUGACGAAACGUUCGGUCAUGUAGUGGAAGUGUAUGACUUUCCCAGUGAGUUCAAAACGAACGAUCUGUUCUCUUUGUUCAGUGAAUACAAAGACACUGGUUUCGAAAUUAAGUGGGUGGAUGAUACGCAUGCGUUGAUCGUGUUUAGCAGCGCGAAAAUUGCUGGAGAGGUGUUAUCAACGCAGCGUCCACUAGUAAAGUGUCGACCGCUUCACGCUGCCACUCUAGAGUCUAGGAACAAAGCGAAGAAAUGUGCUGAAUUCUUGCAGCCUUAUAGACAACGGCCAGAAACAUGCACAGCAUUGGCAAGGCGGCUGGUCUCUGGUGCUCUGGGCGUCAAGCUGAGCACGGCGCGACAGGAGCGAGCUGAAGAGAGGAGACUUAUCACUCUUGCCAGAGAAAAGAAACGCCAAGCGGCUCUACACAAAGAGGCGGCGUGGGACGGCUCACUCGCCAACCAGUCCGUCGACACGUGAGAUUCCAACCGCGAUGGCGUCACGAUCGAGCUCUCAAAGAACAUGUUCGUUUUACUAAAGUUUACGUCAUAGAUAUAAUAAAUACGUCUAUAGAUAUUUUUCUAUGCGAAAUAUUAGAUUAUACGGCGCCUAAGAGGUUUUGGUCCUUUAAGUAAGUUAUGCUUAGAGCUUUAAAUUUUCGUUUUUAACUCACUUGACUUGCACCAUUGUAGACUUUUUAGUGAAUCGCCUUAUCGUGUAUUUAUAUUGUUUUUCUUCACACGAUUUGGUUUAAAAAAUAUGACAUUUCUUAUAAAUCUCAUGUCACAAAUAUCUUAGUCCUAUUUUUCGUUUGUUUGUGAUCUUGUUUUCAUACUUAAUGUUUAGACGAAAUUAGAUGUUUGUCCAUUCGCGGUGACGUUUGUCUUGGUGACUUAUUAACCUGUGCUGCAUAAUAUUUUAUCUAAGUUAUAUGUAUAUUUACAUCCAUAGUAUUCAUACGAACCAAAUACUAGUAUUUAUUUAGCUGACUGUUUUUUAUUUUAGUUUUACUUUAUUUUUUAUUUAUAGAUGGUAGAUGAAUAUUUUUAAAGUCUGUCCAAACGAUCUUCGUUGUGUCUUUUUGAGCGAAACGUGAGAAUGCAUGGUUGAUGCAUGUUGCUUAAUACUUAAUACUUAAUUUUGUUAUUGAAAUAAUAAUUUUAAAUUGAAAAUCUUAUGAAUGCCAAAUUAUUUAGCAAGUAUCAAGAUUCAUAGAACAAAGUAAUUUGUGUUAAUGUCAAUGUCAAAUAUGGUGCACACUUGUUUUAAUCCGCCAUAUUGAAACUACGGGGUGUUUAAAAAAAAAUAUCUUACUUUUAAGGAUGUGUGUAUUCGAACUUUUUUGCUUUCAUGUGAUAUUUGGUAUUCAAAAGAUAAAAUUAAUAUAUUUUUAAUUCGUUGCGAGUUAGUGCCUUCGUUGUCUAGUCUGGUUGUAUGUAAUGUUUGGACUUCAAAACCUCUUUGCGUUAAUUUAUUAGACGAAAUUAGGAUAAUUGAUAGCAGAAUAAUAGUUUUAAUGUUGCGUCUUAUGAUAUAGUUGUAAAAUGUUAUAGCGUUAUUGAAUCUAUGGAAGGUAGUUUUAGAAUGAAUUGGUUUGGGCCUUAUUACACGACUUCAUAACUUAAGUAUUACUAUAUACAUAGUACAUAGGUAUUACUUACUAUCUCACUUUACACAAAAUGCAUAAACAAUGGAAUUUCUUCUAUAUUUUUUAUAUUUAUCAUAUGUUUAACUCUUGUUUAUUACUUCUAGACAUAGUUAGCAAAUGUACUUUAUCUAAUGAAACCUACUCUUUUUUUUUGUUUUAUACCUAAUACUGGUUUGUACUGGUUUUAACUAGUACUUGAGUAAAAAGUGAGGUUAAGUCUUAAGGCCCAGUGUGAGAUAGAAAAUGGAAAUGUUUGAAUAUAGAAAAUGUUAAAAUGGACGCUGUCUAUGGUUUUAAAGGUGGAAACAUACUUCCGACGGCGAGGAUUAAGGAUGGGAGUAAAGUAUACUCAUUGCCUUGAAAUAUUACUAAAAUAUUGUUUUUGUGGUAUUAACAACUCUGAUGAGUUUUGAUAUUUUGUAUUGUAAUUUCGAAAUAAGUCGGCAGCUAGUGUAAAGCUGAGAGAGAGUUAAGAAAGGAAUAUAAUAAAAUUCUAUCAUCCAAAUUUUUUAUUUUUAAUAAAAUAAAAUUUAUUUUUCAAAAUAAAUUAGACUUCAUUUUUUAAAUAUUUUGGCUAUUUAUUAUUCUUACCACAUGCUAACUUGCACUGCAAUAUAUUACGUUUUUGUUUAUACAUCAACACUGAAAACUACACAUAACACGAAUUUUAAACCGUAACAAAUAUUAAAUCGAUUUCAAUUAUCGAUAUAUUACAACACUAUUAACACAAAAAUUUAAUGUUUUGUUACCAGAGUCUUUACCAAAGAUCUGAUUAUAAUUAUUCAAGAUUUUUGACGCAGUUAAGUUAAUGAAUUUUGCUGCGUCUUGCAUUUUAUAGCUCAAUGCAAUGAACCAAAUGUCAUUGAGGCGCUUAUUACAAAUAGAAUUUGAUUAUUAUGUUAUCGACUUAACGUAAUUGUUUGUCGAGGAACUCGACUAGUACUAGUAGUAGUAGCGUUGUGAGUCGCGGAAUGCUGUUCAUGAUAUA